UCUUGUAUAUGAAGGUAAGCGUAGCUGUGCAUGCUGGGUAGCGACAAUACCAACUUGCGGCUGGUGCGCUCUACGUUCUUUCUCUCGACAGCCAUCAUGGGUUUCCAAUCUAUCUGGUACUCACAUCCUCGAAGAUACGGCCCAGGCUCGCGCUACUGCCGUGUAUGCAACAACACUCAUGGUCUCAUAAGAAAAUAUGGUCUGAAUAUAUGCAGAAGGUGUUUCCGGCAGUAUGCAGCAGACAUUGGCUUCAAAAAGCUCGAUUGAGGAGAAGCAUUGGAGUUUGCUGCCAUAUCCAUGCAUUUAAUUCAGACAUGGGAAACACCCAAUAAAUGAUUUCUUAUAAGACCAG